UUUUCCAGAGACGAAAGAGAAGGAGGAGGAGGGGGAGGAGGAAGAGGAGGGAAGAAGGAGAAGAAGGAGGAGAAGGAGGAGGAGAAGGAGAAGGAGAACAGGAAGAAGAGGAACAAGAAGAAGGAGAAGAAGAAGAAACUGUCUCUACACCUUCAUUCUCAGGACAAGUUCAUUGUCUGGCACCAAGCUCCUUGGGGUUAAUUUUCUUCCAGAAGAGUCCGGGGAGUCCAGGUCCUUCUUCCUGGAUACUCAUAACGCGGCCCCAUUUCUCACUCCCAUUGGGUGUCGCGUUUCUAGAGAAGACAAUCAGUGUCGCCGCAGUUCCCGGUUCUAAAGUCCCACGCACCGCCCGGGACUCAGAUUCUUCCCAGACGCGGAGGUUGGGGUCAUGGCGCCCCGAACCCUCCUCCUGCUGCUCUCAGGGGCCCUGGCCGUGACCGAGACCUGGGCGGGCUCCCACUCCUUGAGGUAUUUCAGCACCGCUGUGUCGCGGCCCGGCCGCGGGGAGCCCCGGUACAUCGCCGUGGAGUACGUGGACGACACGCAGUUCCUGCGGUUCGACAGCGAUGCCGCGAUUCCGAGGAUGGAGCCGCGGGCGCAGUGGGUGGAGCAAGAGGGGCCGCAGUACUGGGAGCGGACCACAGGGUACGCCAAGGCCAACGCACAGACUGACCGAGUGGCCCUGAGGAACCUGCUCCGCCGCUACAACCAGAGCGAGGCGGGGUCUCACACCCUCCAGGGAAUGAAUGGCUGCGACAUGGGGCCCGACGGACGCCUCCUCCGCGGGUAUCACCAGCACGCGUACGACGGCAGGGAUUACAUCUCCCUGAACGAGGACCUGCGCUCCUGGACCGCGGCGGACACCGUGGCUCAGAUCACCCAGCGCUUCUAUGAGGCAGAGGAAUAUGCAGAGGAGUUCAGGACCUACCUGGAGGGCGAGUGUCUGGAGUUGCUCCGCAGAUACCUGGAGAAGGGGAAGGAGACGCUACAGCGCGCAGAUCCUCCAAAAGCACACGUUGCCCGCCACCCCAUCUCCGACCAUGAGGCCACCCUGAGGUGCUGGGCCCUGGGCUUCUACCCUGCGGAGAUCACACUGACCUGGCAGCGGGAUGGGGAGGAACAGACCCAGGACACAGAGCUUGUGGAGACAAGGCCUGCAGGGGAUGGAACCUUCCAGAAGUGGGCCGCUGUGGUGGUGCCUUCUGGAGAGGAACAGAGAUACACAUGCCAUGUGCAGCACGAGGGGCUGCCCGAGCCCCUCACUCUGAGAUGGGAGCAGUCUCCCCAGCCCACCAUCCCCAUCGCGGGCAUCGUUGCUGGCCUUGUUGUCCUUGGAGCUGUAGUCACUGGAGCUGUGGUCGCUGCUGUGAUGUGGAGGAAGAAGAGCUCAGAUAGAAACAGAGGGAGCUACUCUCAGGCUGCAAGCAAGACGAAGGAGGCUGAUCCCUGAGACUGUUGGGAUAUUGUGUUCAGGAGCCUAUGAUGAAGCUCACCCACCCCACAGUGCCUCUAGCCACAUCUAUGGGCUCUGACCAGGUCCUGUUUUGGUUCUACUCCAAUCAUUGACAGUGCCCAGGGCUCUGGUGUGUCUCUCACAGCUAAUAAAGGUGACACUCCAGGGCAGGGGCCCUGAUGUGAAUGGGGUGUUGGGGGGAACAGAGGGGACUCAGCUGUGCUAUGGGGUUUCUUUGACUUGGAUGUCUUGAGCAUGAAAUGGGCUAUUUAGAGUGUUACCUCUCACUGUGACUGAUAUGAAUUUGUUCAUGAAUAUUUUCUCUGUAGUGUGAGACAGCUUCCUUGUGUGGGACUGAGAAGCAAGAUUUGCUCAUGCCUCCCUUUCGUAACUUCAAGAAGCCUGAAUUCUCUUUCUGAAAAGGUGUCCAAAUGUGUCUUCCUCCCUGUUAGCAUAAUGUGAGGAGGUGGGAGACCAGCCUACCCCCAUGUACACCGUGACCCCCUUCCCUGCACUACCCCGAGUUUCUACCCAAUUACCUUUCCUGUUCCAGAGACAUGGGGCUCCGAUGUCUUUAUCUCUGUCUCAACUUCAUGGUGUACUGAGCUGCAACUUCCUGCCUCCCUAUUAAAAUUAGAAUCUGAGUAUAAAUUUACUUCUUCAAAUUCUUGCCAUGAGAGGUUAAUUAGUUAAUUAGAGGAGGAGAUUACUAAAAUUUGAGAGACAAAAUAAAUUGAAGACCUGAGAA